UUUUCGUUCCUCAGCUUGAUUUUCUGUUUGUAGAAGCUCAGGCACACACAUACACACACCAGACACACACUGAGACACACAGACACACACUGAGACACACAGAAACAGACUGAGACACACAGAAACACACUGAGACACACAGAAACACACUGAGACACACAGAAACACACAGACACACACUGAGACACACAGACACACACUGAGACACACAGACACGCACUGAGACACACACUGAGACACACUGAGACACACAGACACGCACACUCGGACUCACUCGGUGAUUUUCGGUAAACUGGGAUAAAUCGGCGCGCGGACUGAAGCUCUGACUGACAGGUUGGACCUUGUGUGUGACCCGGACCCGCCAGUACUGGACGAGGACCGGGACCAGUACAGGACCGGGACCAAUUACAAGUACAGGACGAGGACGGUGAAUGUUUCUGUUCGUGGAGGACUCAGUGACGUUGCUGCGGUUUGUUGGCUUAAAGCUAAAAGCUGUUAGCUAACGGCUAACGGCUAGCUAACAGCAGCUCUUAGGACCUGGAUAGAAACCCAGUUCUCCAUGUUUGAGCUGUGGGCCUGACGCCGGGCUGAAGGUCGAUCUGUCCGAUGACCUUCCAGUCGUCCGACUCAACAGAAACUAUCGAGAGCAACAGACGAGUUGAUAACAACCUCAGAGCUGUUGAAUCAGACGAGAGCCGCAUCGCCUCAGCCAUGAAAGAGCUCAGGAACACAGGCUGGUACUGGGGAACUCUGACCGCCACUGAGGCCAAAGAGAUCCUGCAGGACGCAGCUGAGGGCACCUUCCUGGUUCGGGACAGCUCUCAGAGGGACUACCUGUUCACCAUCUCCGCCAUGACAUCGGCAGGUCCCACCAACCUGAGGAUUGAGUACAAACAUGGUAAAUUCAAGCUUGACUCUGUGGUUCUGGUGAGGCCGAAGCUGAAGCAGUUUGACAGCGUGGUCCACCUGGUGGAGCACUACGUCAUGCUCUCCAAGACCAGCGACAACACAACAGCAGACCCUCAAUUCUCAGCGGCGGCGGCGGCGGCACCCAACGGCACGGUGCAGCUGCUGCUCACCAAACCUAUGUACACCGCUACGCCAGCGCUGCAGCACCUGUGCCGCAUCGCCAUCAACAAGACGACGCGGCAAGUCCAGGAUCUGCCGCUGCCCAACAGACUGAGGGACUAUCUGACAGACUACGCCUACAAUGUGUAGACACAGAGCGACUCCACCUCCGGGUGGAGCAGUACCACUGCAAGGCAUCAGCUGUGUGUUCAACGCCACCUGACCUCGGAUCAGUCCCAUCAUCGGUGCCGACAGGCCGGUCAGAGCCACAGGCAAUAAUUGCCGGUGAGUCGUCAUGGAAGGAGGCGGAGUUUGUGUGUGAUGCAGACGUUAACACAGAAACUGACCACGAGCGACACAUCACGCCCCAGAUACACACUCACAACCUGCACACACACUUAAGCAGUUUCAAAUUAAAACUUGUCUAAAAUGUUUUAUGAUCAAUAACCUAUGACCCAGGUCUGUGGUUACAUCAUUUAACUGUAGCUCUAUGAAAUCAAAUUAUCAAUUUGUUUUUACAUCAAAUGAAUCUGAAUGUUUUUGCAGUUUAAACAAACGUCAUGUCGCUCUGGUCAAAUGUUAUCAUGGUUGAAUAUAAACCGACCUCCGGCCUCCUCCAGCUCCUCUGGGUCGGGAGGGGUCAGUCCUCAGCUAUAGAUCCUGGACACUCUGGUCGUUAAACGGUCGCUCUCUCAGGUAAACACGACUUGUUGCAUGUUUGUUCACAGGUUCGAUGCUCAUGUUGAUGAUGUUCUUCUUCUGUUAUUUUCUAUAAUCGUCGAAUGGGCUCCGUCUCCUGCUCUGUGGCUAAAUGAGUAAAAUUAUAUUUACUGAAGGUAACAGGAAGUGCAGAUGUUUGUACAUAUCACAGCUGUUUGAUUUUUAUAACCUAUUUAUUGAUGCUGUCACACUGUGUGAUGUACAGAAGCUGCACACACAGCGGGUUCGGGGCCUCUGUCAAACAUAAGAUAAAUAAAGUUUCAUACGGUGCUUCAUCAA